CGGAGUACGAGUGUUUCUACCAACACCUGAGGCUGUUGGACGGAGCGUUCAAACUGUCAGCUAAAGACCUCCGAUCACAGGUGGUACGAGAGGCCUGCAUCACUGUGGCUCACCUGUCGACAGUGUUGGGUAAUAAGUUUGACCAUGGUGCUGAGGGCAUUCUUCCUAUCCUGUUCAACCUCAUCCCUAACUGUGCCAAGGUUAUGGCCACUUCAGGGGCGUCUGCUAUACGCUUCAUCAUACGGCACACACACGUUCCCAGACUCAUCCCCCUGAUCACCAGUAACUGCACCUGCAAGUCUGUGGCCGUCAGACGGAAAUGUUUUGACUUCUUGGACCUGCUUCUACAGGAGUGGCAGACCCAGACUCUGGAGAGACAUACAGCUGUGAUGGUCGCCAGCAUUAAGAAGGGAAUCUCAGAUGCCGACGCAGAGGCUAGGGUAGAGGCCCGCAAGGCAUACUGGGGUCUUAGGAACCAUUUCCCGGGGGAGGCAGACUCUCUGUUCAACUCGUUAGAACCGUCCUAUCAGAAGAGCCUCCAAUCGUCUCUCAAGAGUUCUGGGAGCGUGACGUCUCUUCCUCAGAGCGACCGCUCCUCUUCCUCAUCACAGGAGAGCCUUAAUCGUCCUCUGUCAUCUAAAUGGUCAGCUGCUCCUGGAAGAGUCCCGGCGGGUCAUAAGGGCGGGGUGUCGCCGGGCUCCUACAACGUUCCCGUAGCGAUGUAGAUGUUAAUGCGGCAACGGUUGCUAAGCAGCGGCACAUCGGGCAGGUGGGGCCAGUGAGACUGACCCCCGGCUCCCACUCCUCAUUGGGUCGUCUGAGGACCAAGCAGCCUCUCACCACGGCAACCAGUGUCAGCCACGUGGACUCCCGGGGACGCAGCCGCACCAAGAUGGUGUCCCAGUCACAACGUAAG